ACCUGGGCUGCUCGAGCUGAUCGAAAGAAUGUUCCGCUCUCCACACUUCACCAUCGUUCUCGAGGACGGCGGUCUAAGCAAGAAGCCGCGCAAGGGCGGCAGUAUCUCACUCCAGAUGAGGAAACAGCUGUUGUCAAAUUCCUGCUAAUGAAAUCUAAGCUUGGACAUCCUGUGCGAAUCAAGUUCUUACCCUCCAUUGCCUUCAGCAUUGCCCGCCAGCGGCCAUCCGGGAAGAAGCCGAACAAGCCGCCGGGCCAGAAGUGGGCGCGAUGCUUCGCAAAGCGGCACCCAGAGAUCAAAGCGAGGACGGUCAAGCCGAUUGACUGGAACCUUCAUGAGAAGUACACGUACGAGAAGAUGGAACACUGGUUCAAGGUCAUUCAGGAAGUGCUUCAGGACCCCGCUGUGGUACCGGAAAAUGUCUACAACAUGGAUGAGACAGGCGUGAUGUUGAGCAUGCAAAACUGCGUAAAGGUACUGGUAGGUAAAGACGACCCGCGCGACUAUAGAGGCGCGGGCGUCAAACGAACUAUGGUGACAGCCAUUGAAUGCAUCAGCGCCGACGGUAGGGUAUUGCUGCCGCUGAUUAUCUGGCCAGCUUUGACGCAUCGGAGCAACUGGACCACGUAUCCGACGCCCGGCUGGCACUACGCGCACUCUGAGAAUGGAUACGAUAACUCCAAGAUCAGCUUGGAGUGGCUUAUGCGCGUGUUCGAUACGCAGACCAGAGAGACAGCUAACGGGAAACCACGUGUUCUAAUAUGUGAUGGCUUCGGAAGUCAUGAAACGGUGGAAGUGCUUGAGUUCUGCCUCGCUAACAACAUCAUUUUGUGUCGCCUUCCCUCUCAUACGUCACACAAACUGCAGCCUUGUGACGUCGCUGUGUUCGCUGCUCUGAAGGCAGCCUAUCGCGAUCAAGUCGACCGAUUGGGCCGAGGGGGCGUAGACACAAUCGGCAAGGAGCAUUUCACUUCUCUCUACAGCCCUGCAAGAGCACGGGCCUUUACUAAGAGGAACAUUACAUCUGCAUGGGCCGCUACAGGUCUGUUUCCGUUCAAUCCUGAACGAGUAUUGAGGGGCAUACCGAAGCCUGCUGCACACCCGGCUGUGCAGACAACUGCAACACCUACUACGCCAGUCACGCCAGUGAAUGUAGAAGAUGUGCGAUCGCUGUUCGAUAGAAUCAAGCCGCGUGCUGAGACGCUUGACGAGUCAAGCAAACACGAGCUACUAAGGGACACGCACAUGAUGGCGAAAGCCACAAGAAUAGCUAUUGCCGAGCGGUCUUUUCUGCAGGACCACAACCGGUUCUUGUCAAAGAUCAACGGCGAAGUCAAAGCGCGGCGGUCGACCAAGUUAUUGGUGUUGGGCACGGCGCAGGUGAUGAAGUACGAACAGCUGGUAGAGGCACAAGCGAGGCGUGCUGCAACAGCAGCAGCUGCCGCAAACAGAGCAAAGCGAGGACGCAAACGCAAGAGUGCUACGUUAGAGAGCAAAGCGCCAGAUGCGACAGCAGAAACAGCGCAGGCUAGUCGUGUGUCAGGACCCUGGAGAGCACCAGUUGCGCGAAUGGUUGCAGGAGAUUGCCAAGUAAUUCUGGUGGAAAAGAGUUAUAGAUGUUUAAUUGAUAGUAAA